AUGUGCCGCUUCAUGUCCGACUCGCCUGGUGCUGCAACAACCCAAGGCCGCGUCGUGCUACCUACAAAUGUCGUUCCAAAACACUAUGACGUGACCCUCGAGGUCGACUUUGCCAAGUUCACCUUCGAGGGCACUGUUGUCAUCGACCUCGACGUCGCAAAGGACAGCACCUCUAUUUCCUUGAAUACUGUGGAGCUUGAGAUCCAUUCCACGACCGUCCACGCAGAUGGUGCCCUGGUCACAUCCUCACCGAAACUAUCCUACGAUGCGGACACACAGACCACAACCAUUGAGCUUGGUGAAGGAAAGACGCUAUCCAAGGGCCAGAAAGUGCAGUUGAAACAUACAUACACGGGUCAAUUGAAUGACAAGAUGGCUGGAUUCUACAGGUCCAAGAGGAGGGACGGGCAAUAUUUGGCUGUCACUCAGUUUGAGGCCACUGACGCCAGAAGGGCAAUGCCUUGCUUCGAUGAGCCUGCAUUGAAGGCAGAGUUUACCGUCACCUUGAUUGCCGACGAGGGCAUGACAUGUCUAUCCAAUAUGGAUGUUGCAUCGACCGAAACUGUGCACUCGGACAUCAUAGCUGGGAAGAGGAAGGCUGUCAAAUUCAACCGAUCUCCUAAAAUGUCGACUUAUCUGUUGGCAUUCAUUGUUGGGGAAUUGAAAUCGAUCUCUACCGACAAGUUCAGAUUGCCCAUCAAAGUGUGGAUGACCCCGGAGCAGAACGAGGAAGAUGGAAGAUUUGCACUCGACGUUGCUGCCAAAACUCUAGCAUUCUAUGAGAAGGCUUUUCAAGCUCCCUACCCACUGCCCAAGAUGGACAUGGUGGCAAUCCCAGACUUUGCCGCUGGUGCAAUGGAGAACUGGGGUUUGGUCACUUACCGCGUGGUGGAUCUCCUCUUUGACGAGAAGUCGGCGGGUGCUGCGACCAAGGAGAGAGUGGCAGAAGUUGUGCAGCAUGAGCUGGCGCACCAGUGGUUCGGAAAUCUGGUGACAAUGGACUUCUGGGACGGUCUGUGGCUCAAUGAGGGGUUUGCGACCUGGAUGAGCUGGUAUAGCUGUAACGAGUUCUACCCUGAAUGGCGGGUGUGGGAGACCUUCGUGAUCGACACCUUGCAAUCAGCAUUGGGGUUGGAUGGUCUCCGAAGUUCGCAUCCGAUCGAGGUACCUGUGCAUCGUGCCGAGGAUAUCAAUCAGAUCUUCGACGCCAUCUCCUAUUCCAAGGGGUCCGCAGUCCUCAGAAUGAUUUCGAAGUAUCUCGGCGAAGACACCUUUAUCGACGGGGUAAGGAGGUAUAUCAAGAAACAUGCCUGGGGAAACACACAAACCAGCGAUCUCUGGAACGCUUUGGGUGAGGCGAGUGGCAAGGAUGUGGCCCAUGUGAUGGACAUUUGGACGAAGAACAUUGGGUAUCCAGUCAUCACGGUGACGGAAAAUGAGAAGGACUCAACCAUCACAGUCAAACAAAACAGAUUCUUGCGCACAGGUGACGUCAAGCCCGAAGAGGACAAGGUUCUCUACCCGGUAAUUCUCGGAUUGAAGACAAAAGAUGGGGUGGAUGAAAGUGUAAUGCUCACGGAGAGGGAACAGACGUUCCCCAUCAAGGGCGGGCUGGAAUUCUACAAGUUGAAUGCAGACCACUCGGCCCUCUACAGGACCAGUUACACGCCACAGAGACUGACCAAGCUUGGUGAAGCAGCGAAGAAGGGGCUUCUUUCGGUCGAAGAUCGAGCGGGUAUGAUCGCUGAUGCCGGUGCCCUCGCCGCUAGUGGAUACGGCAAGACCUCUGGCAUUCUGAGCCUCUUGCAGUCGUUCAAUACCGAGACCCAGUUUGUGGUUUGGAACGAGAUUCUGAGUCGGAUCAACGCCGUGAGGAAUACGUGGAUCUUUGAGGAUGAGUCGAUCAAGGACGCACUCAAGGCGUUCCAGCUAAACCUGACAUCGGCAAAGGCCCACGAGCUGGGAUGGGAGUUUGCUGAGAAUGAAGACCACAUCCUGAGUCAGUUCAAGAGCCUGAUGUUUGGGUCCGCAGGUCUGGCAGGCGACGCGAAGAUUCAGGCCGCAGCAAAGGAGAUGUUUGGGAAGUUCAUGCAAGGAGACUAUUCUGCGAUCCACCCCAACCUCCGGUCAUCGGUAUUUGCAAUGGCGCUGAGAGACGGUGGAGAGAAAGAAUGGGAUGCACUGGUGGCGAGGUACCACUCUGCGCCAACCUCGGACGAGAAGAAUACUUGCUUGCGCACUCUUGGGCGUGCUAAGGACCCUCAACUGAUCAAGAAAACACUUGACUUUGCGUUAAGCGGGCAAGUCAAGAUGCAAGACAUCUACAUGCCCAUUGGCGGCCUGGGAACUACUUCGGAAGGCAUCGAGAGAAGGUGGGAGUGGAUGUGUACCAAUUGGGAUGAACUCGUGGAGAAGCUACCUCCCAGCAUGACCAUGUUGAGCAGUGUGGUGAGCAUCUGUACGGCAGGCUUUACCUCCGAUGCACAGCUGAAGAAAGUUCAAGAAUUCUUUGAAGGCAAAGACAAGAAGGGAUUUGACCGCAGCUUGCAACAGAGCAUGGACAGUAUCCGUGCCAAGGCGAACUGGUUAGCUCGGGACGGGCAAGAUGUGCAGGAGUGGCUGAAGAGCAAUGGGUAUUUGAAAGGGGUUGUUGGUGGGAAGCUGUAG